CCCGCGUGAUAGCUCGUUUCCAUUGAUAAGCGCGAUGUCGACUGCGAAACGUGAGGCCAAAGUGGUGCUGGUGGACAUUGAGGGUACUACCACCUCCAUCAGCUUCGUACAUGAAGUGCUCUUUCCCUACGCCAAGGAGAAUGUGGAAAUGUUCCUGAAACAGAACUGGGCAAAAGAAGAAACCAAGCAGAUCGUCAAGGAUUUGCAACAGGUGCCCCAGUUCGCCGACUACAAGGUCACACUAAGUGCCCCUGCGGCGGUGUUGGAUGUGGAGCUCAUUGCCGGCUUUGUGCGCUAUCUGAUAGACAAAGAUCUGAAGGUUACUCCCAUGAAGACGCUCCAGGGUCCCAUUUGGGCCCGUGGCUAUGCCCUUGGAGAGCUCAAAGGGCAUGUCUACGAUGAUGUUCCCGAUGCCUUUCGAGCCUGGAAAGAUGCUGGCCUUCGGAUUGCCGUUUACUCCAGUGGAAGCGUUGCUGCCCAAAAGUUAAUCUUUGGAUACAGCGUGGCAGGCGAUCUGCUUCCCUAUCUUAGUGCCCACUUCGACACCCAUGUGGGUCACAAACAAGAGCAGCAAUCCUAUGUCAAUAUUGCAGGUUCUUUGGGCGAAGAACCUGAGCAUAUUCUAUUCCUCACGGAUAUUCCAGGGGAAGCUUCUGCUGCCCGCUCUGCUGGACUUCAAACCAUAAUUCUGCAACGCCCGGGUAAUGGGGCUUUGACUGACGACCAGAAAAGCAUCUACGAGGUGAUACCGGACUUCAAAUCUCUUUACAACCUCCAACUGCCACAAAAAUAAAACACUCGGGUGAUA